UUUUGUAAUAUAAUAUAAAAAUAAGGGCAUUUUGAAGAGAUCGAGAGUAUUUGGUUAUCCUUCUUGUUAAAGAUACAUGAACUGAAGUUUAAAUUCAAAUAUGGGUAAGAGUUUAACAGAAAAGGAUUUUGAACAAGUUGAAUCCUGGAUCGGAACUGGACUGAAAACAUUCAAUCUGCUGUACAGCAUAACAAGGGAUGGCUGUGACGCGAGUGUGUUCCAUCAGAAAUGUGACAACCAAGGACCAACCCUUACAGUCUUAUACAACGAGGAUGGUUCCGUGUAUGGAGGUUACACCGGGGUUAGUUGGCUCUCAUCGACAACACCAUUGGAUCAAACUGACAAUUCUGUAUUUUUAUGCCAAUUGUAUUAUUCUGGCCUCAACACGCCUAAGAAAUAUUCAGUUAAAACCGGACACACAGCCAUUUGUUCAUUAUCAAACUGUGGUCCUGUAUUUGGAAGUGGUUCCGUGUAUGACCUAUACACAUUUUUUAACACCGUAAAAAAGACUCCUUGGGGAAUAUACAAUCUAAAUGGUAACAUGAUGACAUACUUCGGUAAUAAUUACGACACCGCGGGAAUAUCAUACAGGAAAUUCAACAACGGACACAGUAGAGUGACAGAGUCGGAGGUGUAUGCAGUCAAAGAUGGCCAAAGAAAAACGUCGACUUUACCGACUCCAUGGCGGAAAACAGCAAAAUUUGGGCCAAAGAUGCUAGGGAGCUUGAAAGAAGAAGUCAAAGGCAUUCAACCGCCAGAAGGACUCGACGUGCCACACUUCAAGAUUCUAUUGUUGGGGCCUUUAGGCUCGGGUACAUCGAGCUUCAGCAAUUUGGUGACAUCUGUGUUUCGUGAGAGAAUAUCACACCGCGCAAGAGUAGGUGGUAAUGCGCAGACCAGCACAACAAUCCAGUUGACGCCAUACACGUUUGGGGAUAACGCCAGCCUUCAGCUCUAUGACACGAGAGGUAUAGCGGAGACUGACACAUUGGACCUUCUGCAAUGCAAUUUCAUACUUGACGGUCACGUUCCGGAUUUUUAUGAGAUGUCGCCGACUCAUCUUUUAAAAUGUGACGACGCCGAAUUUCGUCAACAUGCCGCGUUAAAAAACAAAAUCCACUGCGCUGUGUUUGUACUGGAUGAUUUGAUUGUUGGCGAUAUGUCCAAGUCAAUGCUGCAAAAACUACUAACCUACCGGGAUCUAUUGACCAGAAAGGAGAUACCACAAGCAGCGUUGAUCACAAAAAUUGACAACCUCUGCGAGAAGUCGGCUGAGAAUACAAGAAACACUUUCCUCAGCCCGGCAGUCAAAGACCUUGUUGACAAUGUAGCGGACCUUCUGCAACUUCCACGGAACAGCAUUCUACCGGUUAAAAACUACGAGGAGGAGUUGGAAAUCGACGAGAACAUCAACAUCCUUGCUUUGCUUGCUAUCCGACAGAUCCUGUUCUUUGCAGAGGAUUAUUUGGAAAACAUGAAAGUGAAGCAAAGUAGGAGAGGUAAGUGGAAGGCAAUUAGAGGCCAGGUUGAUGGUGAUGUGCUCGGAUCAGACACUGCCUAAAUAUGUUCAUAUAUUAACGUGGAAAUCGAUAAAGACUUCAGAUGAUAAACUUGACUGAAAACCAAUACCAGCAGUACUUACAACAUCAUACUGCAAAUGCGUUUGAUGGUGAAAUGUUUGGAUCACGCACUACUCCACCGUUAAAGAUAUGGUUUUCGAUACUUGAAUAUUUGAAUUCGGAAUGCCUGUUGGUUACAUAUGGGUUAGGGAUUUAUGUGUGCUGAAUGAAAAAUAUGACACCUUGUGAUGCCAAAAAAGUCUAGUUCAGAUAAAAACUAUUCCAGACCACAAUUACUUAAUCUUAGUGUUUGUUCGGUCAUUUCUUUUACAUAUCAGUAAUCGGUAAGCAAUACCUUUCAGAUGAUACCUGCCUUAAAAAGCUCGCCAUGCAUCGGUUAGAAUGAAUGUUAGAUUUGGCAUGUGACCGUUGUGGUAACUUAACAAUUAUUUCAAAUACUUUUGACAUCAUUUGAAUUUAAAAUGUAACAUAAGCUUUGUACAAGUGUAUCCUUUGGAUAGUUUUUGUUGUGUUUAACAUGUGUCAAUUUAUUACUCCAUAUGUAUGUGUCAGAUUGUUGAUACAGUAUGAUAUCUUGU